ACACAAAGACAACCAUAUGUUUUGCACACUAUGUGUAAAAAGCCAAAAAAGAACGUUUUUACCGAAGGCUGUAGCAACUUCAGAACCACGACUUUGGAGCGGCAUGCUUCAGCAGCUGACCAUCGCCAGUCGGUACAAGAUGAAAUCUCAAGGUCAACUCUAUCGAGAAUGGUAAAAAAUCAGUUUAGUGAGAACGACAGUGCCAUAAUCCAUGCUCUACGAACAAUAUAUUUCUUGGCAAAGCAGGACAUAGCAACAUCCAAGUACCCAGAUUUUGUUGAUUUUUUGAUACAGCAAGGCUGCAGUGCUCUUGUGCCAAUUGCAAAAAGCUACCAAUCCUACAGUAUUGCCAAAUACUUUCAAGAGAGUAUAUACGAAGUGAUCCUACGAGAUAUGAGAGAAAAGCUGACAGAUGUCGACUAUAUCUCUGUGCUUUGUGAUGAAUCAUGUGACAUUACUAGUACAAAAAAACUAAGUGUGUGUGCGAGGAUAUCAUCAGGCUGUAAACCAGAGACCAUUUUCUUAGAGAAUUGUGAAAUACUGGAUGGGAAAGCAGACACCAUUGCAACAUCUGUCAAAAAUCUCUUGACAAAGUUUGAAGUGUCGCCUGAUAAGGUAGUAGGACUAGGAAGUGACGGUGCAUCGGUUAUAACCGGAAAACACAAUGGAGUCAGUACAACACUAAAAAGAGAGAGAAAUCCACAGCUCAUUCAACUGCACUGCAUUGCUCACCAACUUGCACUGGUGUCUAGCCAAGCAGCCAAUGGAGUGCCAGAUUUGAAGACCUACCAGGAGUUCAUGUAUCAUGUAUUAGAUGCUCCCAAGAUCAGGAUAAAGAAAGUACAUUCUGUUCGUUGAUUUAGCUUUUUAACAGUCUAGAUGCAUUGUAUUGCUCUUGGCAAUCUUUGGCAAUGUUGUUUUAGCAAUGUUCAUGAGAAAUGCCUUUGUCGUUUUGCUUUAAACACACCAAGAGCACUUCCAAAGUCAAAAUACUGAGAAAGGGGGCCAUUUAGUUUUAUGGCGAUCAACAUUUGUAAAUUUUCACUGAUCAGUCUAUUUCUAAGGCUAGAUUUGAUUAUAUUUUGAGCACUAAAGCCACGUUCUACGUCUGCAGUAUGCACUGGGAGGGCAAGUGCUAUGCCAGCCAAUUUGCACAAGUUCGGGAAAUUGUUCUUAUGAAAUAUGUUGAUAAUUGCCCAGAGUUCUUUCAUACUGUCAUAACUGUAAGUGUUUGCCAGGACCAAUUCCUUCAGUAUUACGCAUUCCUGUUUGACCACAUUGCCAUCAACAAACUUGUCAUUUGUGGUGUAAUGAUUUUACAUAACUUUACUGACAUUACUACAUUGACAUGACAUGAAUAAUGGCACUUCUGGUAAUCAUGCCUAAGAGUGUUUCAAGGAGCAAAUGUUUUUUUUUUUUUUAAGAAUAAAACUUGUUUUAUGGAAAUAAAAAAUGGUGUUUACGAUGUGUCCCU